AUGUUGACCGGAAUAGCGCACGUUAAUCUCACAGUACCGGCCGGUACACUGGACGAAGCGGAGGCAUUCUACAGCAAUACUUUGGGUAUGGGACGCGUUCCUGUUCCAGAGCUGCAAAGAGACAGACUGGCAUGGUUCGAUAUCACCCCGAAGGGACAACAAGUUCACAUUGCUUUUGGCCCGCCAAAUGAAGAAUCCUCCCGUCACCCAUGUUUCCGUGUAGAGUCGCCGGAAGCUCUGUUAAAGCUCCAAGGCCGCGUUUUUGAGCAUUUCGAAGCAGGCGGUAAAGGAGCACCAAAGGCGGCCGACAAGCCCGGAAAUGCCAACUCUGGUUCAAAAGGUGUCGAGUAUCCCGAUAGAUUUUUUGCAAGAGAUUAUGCUGGAAACCGUCUCGAAUUCAGCUUGUGA